AUGGAGCACUCCUCUGCCUUCGACGCGGUGAUGGCAGAUAACGCAGGGAUCACCCCUUCGUUCAGUGACCUCAUUGGUGACGGGUCCCCCGUUGCCAAGAAGGUGUGCAAAGCCGCAUAUUCCUCCUCUUCCAAGCUCCCCGGCCAGACCCCUGUGCCGGCUCCUGUCGUUAAUGUGGAGGUUUCCUCUGCUCCCUCUCUGGGUGCGCCUGGCAAGCGCUUCCGUCGCCUUUGUGCUCUGCGGGAUACGAUCCCCUCCAUUAAGUCGAUGGCUGGCGAGAAUCUGAAGUUCGGCAAGCGCUCCUACGCCCGUCAGAUCCUGCAGUUCCCUAACAAGGAAGCAGCAGAGGAAUUCUGUGCCCGUCCCCCGAUCUUCUUUUCUCCGCCGCACGGCCCUGCGGUCGAGCUCAAGGUUUACGUCGACCCCGCUCCCGAAUUCACCUCGGCUAAAGCGCGCGGCGAGACGCACAUAGUCCUCCGCAACAUCCCCUUGGGUCUCACUGAGGAGAAGCUGUUGGCGAUCCUGUUGAACGGCAAGACCCGCGAGGGACAGAAGUGGAUUUCGGACCUCCUGUACUUUCACACCGCCUCUGAUCCUUAUGAGGAGAUGUUCCAGCUGCAGAUGCAUGGCAUCGUCAGGCCCAUGAUCGGUGAUGAGUCUUUCAGCGUAACCCCGCCGCUCAUCUGGAUCGAGGACGUGCGCGAGCCGGUCCUUGUGAAUCUCUCAUGCCACUCCUGUGGCAUCUGCUCGAGCAACCACCGUACCGGGGACCACUACGUGUUCCCCACGCUGCGCCGCAACAAGAUCAACAAUCCCUACGCGAUCUCGGUCGCUCAGCUGCAAAACGUGAAUGCCAAAGCACUUGGACACUCGGCGGCCGCCAACACGGUCAAACAGGAUCUUGGUCUCCUCUUCAUCGGCCUCGACCUCGAUGUCGAGGUCUGGACUUGUUGCGCAUGCGAUUUCGUUUGCGGUUGGACCAUCGACACGGCGCUCGCACACUGCGCCACGCCUCAGCACUUCCGUCGCCUUCAGACGACUGGACCGCUCCUGAAAGAGGAAUUUGGGGAUCUGAAGGUCAAGGAGUUCCUGAAAAAGAACGACAAGAUUGCGCAAUUCCUGUCAGAGGAGUAG